AAUAACUGUGUAUAUGCCUCAUCACAUGUGUGUCAGCCCUGUUGCUGCUUCAGUGCAGGAGCUAAAGUUCAUCUUCUGCGGCUCUCAACAUUUCUAAUGUGUGACUCUUUCUUCUCUCUUUUGGAUUUCCUCCUCUUUUUUUAUUAACUCUGCAUUCAAAUUAAUUUUGCCUUGUAACACCAGGAAUGUACUUAAAUAGAUAAAUAUAAUAGCUCUUCAUUUAUUUCUGAUCGUUGUGUUAGGUCCAAAUAAUUGUUCAGAUACAUAUAGGGACUUUAUGAAAACAGAUGCCAUAUAGGAUCAAUAAUUAUAUUUGAUUUGGGAUUUUUAGUUAUGGUAACAAAAUAUUGUUCACUGGACUUCAGAGGUACUUUUCCAAAUCUUUUUGUUAGGAAUCUUGUUAGAGAUCUUCCUUAUUCCCAUGUUCUGGAGGAUCCUGUGUCCUCAACCACCACCUCCCCUCCCCUGCCUCACCCAUUAGUUUUUGUGUAUUUGGAAGUGACAGCUUGUGUCCAGUGUUAUGUCUCAGACAGUUGCCAUCUCGUAGCUAUUAAUGGUUGUUCAAUAUUUUCUGGUACUGGUGUUGGUAUGUUUCUCCCCUAGACCUUUGGAAACACCAAGUCAUGAGAGAAAACUUUUCAGUUAUCAGACCACAAAUAGUUGAAAAUUUUGUACAGAGAUUACUGGAGAAUUACCAGGAUGGUGGACUAGAGAUUGCAGAGCUCAGUCACAAUAUGAUCAUGGAAGUCACUGCUCUGACUCGACUCACGGAUUGGGAGGAGGAGACUCUGGAUCUCAAAAAGCAAAUUCGAAAAGAAGUCCAAGAAGAAUAUGAAGCAUUAGUUCAAGCUUUGUUUGUGACAUGUUUGCACAUCAAAUACGCGGGCUUCUCAUUGUUGUGGCCUCUCCCGUUGCGGAGCACAGGUUCCAGACGCGCAGGCUCAGCGGCCAUGGCUCACGGGCCCAGCCUCUCCGCGGCAUGUGGGAUCCUCCCGGACCGGGGCACGAACCCAUGUCCCCUGCAUCGGCAGGCGGACUCUCAACCACUGCACCACCAGGGAAGCCCUUAAUUUAUCUAUUUUUAAUGGAGUUCCUUGUUAGUGGCUCAUGGACAAUGUCUUACCUGGUCAGGUUCUGCUGGGUCAAACUGAUAGCAAAAAUCCCUAGGUUCAAAUUCCCAAGUAACCCUUUGUGUAUGGGUCAGUGGGGGGGGGGUGGCUGGGGGGUGGUUUGGUUUUCCGCCUGUGACCUCCCAUUCUUCUACCUGCUCAGCUUGUCUCGGCCUCUGACAACCACAGGCUCUGAGAUGUGCGGGUGAUGAAGCCCUGCGGGUUGAAGACAACACUAAAGGGGCCGCUAGUGAGGCUUCUAGACAAUACCCGAUGGAGUAAUUGUCUGGGUGGAUGUUGUUUUCAUGUGAUAUUAUUUCUGAAAGUUGGGUUUUAGGGGGCAAAGUGACUCUUCCUCAGCUGACCUUCCUGAACUUGAGCCUGCAAUUUGCAGAAGCUGGAUGAGAAUCAGCUUAAUUUGAUCCAGAAAGUGUGUGAGCUCAUCGGUGAAGUAAGAACAGAAGGGACUGACAAUACGAAAGAAAGGCCUAAAGAAGAAAUGGGGCUCCACCAGACCUGACGAAGAAAUGAAAGAAAAUCCAGCCAUAGUAUGUGAUCUCAUUUUGAGUGGGGUAUCAGCAUUUCAUCCUAGCGUCUGACCCCACUGCUCACUCUGUUUGCAUUCCUGUCCUGUUUCCCUGAGAAAUCUUUGUGUCAGGCAUUUGAAAAGGGCACUGGGUCUCACUGCACAAUUGUCUCAUCUUCUGGAAGGCAUGUUUCUGAUGUCAGGAUUCAUGUCCUUCCUGAGAAAAGUGCUGGGGGCAGCCUUUUCUGAAAGGCUUUUCUAAGCAGGAGCAGCUGCUGGCCUUGGAGCAGGACAACUGCAGCCUGGCCGCCCUGGUGUGCAAAAUGAGAAGCCUGGGCCACUGGAGGCUGGCGGUGCAGCAGGCGCACUUCCGGGGCCAGCUGAGCAGGGCUGAGAAGGUGAGAGCGCUGGGGGAGGGAGGCCCGGCCCAGCAGGGGGAGGGGGUGGCACUGGCCUCCUUGGCUGCAGCUGCUGUGCUGGUGUCAGGUAGCAAGUUUUCCUGGGAACGGGCAAGAGCAGAGCCUGGGGAGAAAUAGGAAAGAGCCAGAAGCAAAUGGCAAAGAAGCAAAUGAGAGAACAGAUCAGAGUUUAGCACAAGGGAAGGGAAAAGAUGGAGCGGGCAAGCUUUGUCAAAACACUGCAAAUCCUUGAGUUUCAAGCAUGAUGAUCUGAGGAAAAUGAAGGAACAAUAAGUGGAAAAUCUGCUUUAAGGAAAAUUGAAACCAGAGCACAUAUCAAUAGUGGUUUGGAAACUUUUACUUACUGUUUCUGAAAGUCUUUAUUUACUCUGAUCUGUCACACUGUUCUUAACUGAAAUCAAGGAAGCAGUGGCCAGCAGGAGCUGUGUUCUACCAGAAAUUUUAAAGAACGAUGGAUGAUGAAGUGGUUUAGAGACUCCUUGGGAAGCUGAAAAUACGGAAAGGAAACUUAUAUCCUACCUUACUGUGUUUGGGAUGUUCACAGGAAGCUAUGCAAAGUAAAAAAGAGUGUUUGAACAUCAAACUAAUGGCAGAACAAGAAGUGCUUUUAUUUUGUCAACAGCUAUUGGCUCUAAGGCAGGCCCUGGCCAGGGCUCAGGCAGACAACGUGAGGAUAUGCAAGUAGCAGGAGAGCCAGGUGUCUGAGCUCAGAACCCCUCUUCCUCCCUCUCUUUGAACACGCUCUGGCGACCAUACGUGGCACUCCGUUGCCUGUAGCAGUCACCAGAGGAACACAGUGUGAAGCCAAGCAGACGGCACUACUGGUGAAAGAUGGCCUGGACCCUGGCUUCCCUUCUGCCUUCUUUCCAGCCCAGAAACCGGGGCAGUGGCCAAAAGGCUUUUGUUCUUAUUCAUAUUUGGCUAAAAUAGUGAAAUAUAGCUCAUAACUAAGAUUGUUCUGUGUGUUUCUCUGAGGAUCUUUUUUACCCAGAGGGUAUCUUGGGGUCUGGGUCUCUGCCUCUAACACAUUCCUUUCACGCUCCAAGCAUGUUUUCCAUGAGUGUGGCCCUGCCAUCAGCGUUAUGCCCCAAGCAGAGAGUCUUGGUUUCCUUUCCUGAUGACCCACACUAAGUCUUAAUUUCAGAAGUUACUGAUGCUCUAUAGGGCCUGGCACCAAAAUAAAGGCUUUUUAAGUCUAAGCUCUUAAUAACUGUGCCAACCCUCUGAGCAUGAAUGAAACAGAGACCCUACGUUUAGAGAGAGAACAGCUGAGUUCAAAUAACAGCCGAGGAAAGCUGGGCAUAUUUUAAAACAUAAAAUAUAAUUUGUUCCUUUUGGACCCUAAUUCUUCCAUUAUUGUGUGCCAGUGAGUCAUGAUGUAUAAUUAUAUAAAGUCACCCUACAAAUAUUAAUCAUCAUUAUUAAUAUUAUAAUUAAGGAUUGACCUUCUAGUGACUGUUGAUUAGAAAAAUUUCAGAACAGAACCAAUUAUUACUACUCUUUUCCUUUUCCAACCAUCUAGAAUCUGGCUUCCUCAGGGCUAUUUUGGAAGUCGAAACAGAGACAGGAUUAGCACCUCCCUUCCCCACUCACUGUACGUAUUGCAUCACCCUGUGUCUCCAGGUUCAGCCCUUCCAUUGCUAUUGCGUGAUAAAGGCGGAGUGACAGGGAAAAUGCAGGUUGUGGUAGAUAUGACUAUUUGGUCUUGCUACUGGCUGGCACAGGACAGGAUAGAGCAGCUGGGCUGUGGUACCCUGAGCCCAGGAAUACUUCACACAGUUCUGCCCCUGGGCGCUAAUGGAGGGGACAGUUGUGUUGGCCAACCUCUCAUCCCCUGCCCUCUGCUGAAAAGAAAGACUCUGUGCCUUUAUUUCCUUUGGCCUUUUCCUGCCGUAGGCUGAAUUGCUGAAAGAAUUAGAACACAGAGUGACCCAGGAAGCUCGCCACCGGCAGCAGGUGGAUUUAAUGAAAACCUCUAGCAUGGAGAAGCUUUUGGAGGAUGUGGAGCAAAAAGAACAGCACCUGCAGCUUCUUACUGAAGAGUCCAAGAUGACUUCUAAACUGGGCCAGCUCCAGCAGAAGAAAAUUCAGAGAGAACUCUGACAGAUGAGAAGCCGGCUUGCCCACGAGCGUAGCAUGGAGCUGGAUGCUUUCCAGUGGAUGGAAGAGCUACAAAGUCAGCUUAGUGACACUGAGAGAUCCUCUGCCCAGAGGAGCUCACCAGGCGGCCUUAUAUCCCUGGCUCACUACUCCCUAAGUUCUGCUUCCACAUCAUCCAGAUACAGCCAGUAACACCUUUUAAAGACUCAUCUCAUGGGCAGUAAAAUAACAAGAAGGAUUCAAAGGCCAAAGACUUGGUGAUGAUGCACUUCCACAGUAGCAGAAGCCAACUGCCAAGACAAGAAGUUACUUUUCCAGAAAGCUUCGUGGAAAUCCUUUUAAGCAGCUGACAUGGAAAGAGACCAUAUAAAGGCUGCUCUUCAACCACUAAUUACCACUCAAUUGAUGCAUUUUCUGCAAGCAAGCCCUGACCUCCUUCCACUUCACAGAACCAAAGAGAGAAAACAAAAGACACUCAAGGAGAUCACAGGAGAACCCAGUGUAGAACCUAGGGCUGAGACACCAGCAAACAUUAGUUUGCAGCGUCUCUUUCCUUCUUUCGCCAACUUCGGGAGAAGCCUCCCUUCGAAAAGAAGACCUGGGUGGACAAACGACUAACCCCAGAGAGAGGGAGUUCGGUCUCAUCGCCAACUUUGGAGGCGGUAGCCUCGCCCCAUAAUCAACCUCACUGCCGCCACCACGGAAGAAAGCCACGUCCCCUCUUCGGAGCCUGAAGUGAGGAUGGAGAUUACGAGGCACUUUUAAACAACACCUCCAGGCGGGCAGGACACUGUUGGGCCGGAAACAGCCCAACGGCCCCAAGGCUCAGCCGCCCCUUCCCCCCGGGGCGAUCCCCAACAGCGGCCACUUCGGCCCGUCCCCGGCCGGACUCGGACGGGCCGCCAUGUUGCCGGACCGCGGCCCGCCCCGGCCCCGCGCGCACCACCGGCAGGGAGAGGGCCGGCGGGGGGGCGAGAGCAGAAAGCCCGUUGGGCCGGCGCCCACCUGGUGCUGGAGUGGUGACCGUCGGGAGGGUCAGCGGCGGCACCGGCUUUGUCGUGUUGGUGGUGGUGGUCGGUAGAACCGAAGGUGCAGUCGUGUUCGGGGCCAGGGUGGUGUUCUGAGCUGCGGUCAUCACGCAAAGCGAGGCCAGGCAGCCAGCGGCCAAAAGCAGCGGGCGAAAGAGCCCCGACAUCGCGUUCUCCGCGCUGGCCUUGGAGCAAAAGCUAAGACACCCAACGUUGCGCCCGUCCCUCCGUCUCCUGCGGCGCCGCCUCUCAGACCCGGCUCCCCCCGCGGGAGCGCGCCGGUGUCACGUGAGGGCGGCGUGCGGAGGCGGGGAGCCGGCGAUACCAACUGGAAUCCUACGGAAGGGGGAACAGAGGAAUCGAGAGGAAACUGAGGCAAGAUUUUCCCCAAAGCGACUGUACCGGCCAAGCGAAGAAACUGCCUAGACACAGGAAACUCUUAUCUGCCCUAAGGUUGCCACACAGGGCGCGGCUGGGCUUUUCUCGUUCCUGUAAUAGAGAAGGCUUCCCCCCGGCUUAGAUGGAACAACCUACAUGAUGUGGCGACGGAGUCCUGGCGAACGACCAGCUUGGUCCCACGUGACCUCCGGGGCAGCACUUCCCAGACCUGAGACCCGCUGGGCGGAAGUUGUUUUCAGGCGUUUAGUUGAGAAAGAAUUAAGUUAGUACUGUCCUCCCGCGUUCCCAACGUGCUUGCAUAAGUAUGCUUCGUAGGACCCGCGCUUUUUUCCUUGAAAGUCGAUUUUGCUGGAAUUCUGUAACCUUGUGCUGGGACACCCCAGGGAAAUGGAGGCACCACGCGGUUAAGGAGUUUCUGCUCCGCCGCCCACGUAAUGUGAGCGGCUGAAACACCGAAAGCGGUCUCCUGCCUUCCAGCCGAGAACGCACACUGUCUACCUCUGUUACGCUUUCCCACCCUGACUUAUCUAAAUCUGGCGAUUUCAGCCAGCGGUAGCAGCAGCCAGUCUGUGCCACAGCUGUAGUCGAAGAAUCAAAGAAAGAAAGACGCUACGGGUUGGAAAUCCAUCUGGUCUGUUCCCACCCCCACUUUACAGGUGAAGAAACCGAAACUUAAAAAGAGACUUGACCGUAAAGCACAAUUGCUUGGCGUCAGGGCCGGUUUUCGAAAUGCCUGUUAAUAUUCUGUCACAGCUCAGGCUUUUAGUAAGGGUGAGCGCCAUCUGAUGCCCAACUCACAAAAAUAUUCAGAGGUGCAUCCAUGCUUAUAUCAAAUGGUAAAACUUAGGUUAUAAAAGCUGUAUUUAACGCUGUUUUCAGCUAUUUGUAUUUAUCAUCUAAUUUUAAUUACGUGCAUUUAGUCUAAUAAAAUAACAACAUCAGUUGCUUUUGAGAUCUGCUUUUCUAUGGAAACCCCAAAAAAGAAGACUGCAUAAGUGCUUUAUCAUUUUUUACCUAAACUUGAAGCCUUUCCUAACCCUAAAAUCGAAUCAGUGCGAUGCUUCUGUACCCUCAUGACUAUGAAUAUUUGUUCCAUCAACUACACUAGUUGGAGAUUUGCUUGGAUGUAAACAAGAAACUCGGUUUUUGACUGAUCCGACCUAUGGCCAGAAGCGUGAGAGUACAGACAAGAGAAUAUAUUACUAGGAGAACCACCAGGCAAAUGUAGGAAACUGCCUCUGCUGAACUGAGCUAGCUACCCAGGAACACACACACCUCAGAUGUGACCAGCCACAUCCGUCACCACGUAUGAGCUGCGUCCACCCACAUCUGGAGUUACAGCUUCCCUCUGGCUGCAGAUAAUGCUCCUUCCGCCACCUCAAGAUCACUCACAAGCUGCAGCUCUUCCCAUGCCACCUCCACAGAUGUCAAGGAGUUUUCAGGGUAGCCCUUCUCGAAGUGUAACUCCCGCCUGGACCGGCCCUCGCCCUCUGCACGCAGAUAUCCAUCCAGAGACAGCCCACCCCGGCCGGCACAUCCCCUCCCUGAACCUCGACCCCCGCCACCAGGAGGCGCACGACUCGGAAGCGGGACGGGCCUUCCCGCCCUUGUGGUUUCUUCGCGGUUACCUCAGCGGCGCUCUUCGCAAUUUGAAAGCUGGAGCUUUUGAAGAGCCCCACCACCUUCACCUGCAGCGGCUGCUCGGGCGGCGUCUGCGAGCUGCUCGCCAUGGCUGCGCGCAAGGACUCUUCGGCUCACAAACAUAGCGCGUCGCCAGGGCAACCGCGCGGCCCCGCCCCCGCCGCUCGCCGGAAGGAGGGGGCCGGGGGCGGGGCGGUCGGCGAAGGUCCGGCCUUUCCUCAACUUUGUGCCUGUUGCUGUUGAGGCGUUCGAGAAGCUGGAGAGGGCGCGCGGGCGGCCGCCACCAGCGACGAGCUUCGGAGAAAAGGAACAGGGACCCCACGCCUAGCGUGCGUCAGCGUGGUUCGCCGCCGCCGCCCCCCCCAUCCACGGACCUCCUCUGGGACCCCAAGCCCAGGGUCCUCCAGCGCGGUAGUCGCCUCCAGUCAGCGCCUGAUUUCACCGCAGAUCGCCUUUCCGGGUUGCCGCGCAGCCAGGUUGGGGCCAGCCGGCCGGUUGCCCGGGUAACGCGGGAGUCAGUCCCCGGGCGCGGGCACUUCGGGGCCGCGGCCUUCCCGGGAGAGCGGGAGUAGGGCGAGCACCUGUGCGCGGUUCCCCGCGGGGAAGGCCGCCCGCCCGCCGCUGUCCCCAACGCGACCGUCGCUGCGGAGGCCGAGCCGUCCCGCGCCGCCGAGCGUCCCUGCCAUGAAGCCCAACUUCUCCCUGCGACUGAAGGUCUUUAACCUCAACUGCUGGGGCAUUCCCUACCUGAGCAAGCACCGGGCCGACCGCGUUAAGCGCCUGGGAGACUUUCUGAACAGGGAGAGCUUCGACCUAGCUCUCCUGGAGGAGGUGUGGAGAGAGCAGGACUUCCAGUACCUGAGGCAGAAGCUGCUCCCCGCCUACCCAGCAGCACACUACUUCAGGAGUGGCAUCAUUGGCAGUGGUCUCUGUGUCUUCUCCAAACACCCAAUCCAGGAAUUCACCCAGCACGUCUUCACCCUCAAUGGCUACCCCUACAUGAUCCACCACGGUGACUGGUUCUGUGGGAAGGCCGUGGGGCUGCUGGUGCUCCGUCUGGGUGGAUUGGUGCUCAACGCCUACGUGACCCAUCUCCAUGCCGAGUACAAUAGACAGAAGGACAUCUACCUAGCACAUCGUGUGGCCCAAGCUUGGGAACUGGCCCAGUUCAUCCACCACACGUCCAAGAAAGCUGAUGUGGUUCUAUUGUGUGGGGACCUCAACUUGCACCCAAAGGACCUGGGCUUCCGCCUGCUGAAGGAGUGGACGGGACUGCAGGAUGCCUAUCUGGAGACUCGGGACUUCAAGGGCCCUGAAGAAGGCUGUACGAUGGUACCGCAGAACUGCUACGUCAACCGGCAGGAGCUAGAGCAGUUCCCCUUGGGUAUCCGUAUUGACUACGUGCUUUAUAAGGCGGUGUCUGGGCUAUACAUCUUCUGUAAGACUCUCAGAACUACUACAGGCCACGAGCCUCACGGCGGCAGCCCCCUCUCCGAUCAUGAGGCGCUGAUGGCUACUUUAUGUGUGAGACACAGCCCCCCCCAGCACAACCCCAGCCCUACCCAUGGACCAGCAGAGAGGUCUCCGCUGAUCAGUGUGCUACGGGAGGCCUGGACAGAACUGGACCAGGGCAUGGCUCAAGGUCGCUGGUGGGCCACCAUCGCUGGCUACGUGAUUGGUCUAGGGCUUCUUCUCCUGGCGUUGCUGUGUGCCCUGGCGGCUGGAGGAGAGAUCAGGGAAGUUGCUGUACUGCUCUGGACCCCCAGUGUAGGACUGGUGCUGGGGGCGGGUGCAUUCUAUCUCUUCCACGUGCAGGAGGCCAAGGGCUUGUGUCGGGCCCGAGCUGAGCUCCAGCAUGUGCUGGGAAGGGCAAGGGAGGCCCAGGACCUGGGCUCAGAGUCCCAGCCAGCCGGGCUCCUGGGGCAGCAGGAAGUAGACAGAGCAGAGGAACAAUAAAAGCUUGACACU